UGUGCCUUGAUUGAGUCUAUACAUAAUAUGCAUAUACAUUAUUAUACAACUUGUCACCUACUCUGCACCUGCUAUAUCAAUCCAGGCGGUUACGGAUUGAAGACGAAAUGCCCAUUCAUUCAAAUAGUCAAUCAAUCAAUCUCUUUGACCUGGAUUCAUAUGUGAGCAAACGGUACAUUUACACAACAUUUCCAUCCCUGUAGACAAGUCUGAUGUACCAGAAAAUGAAGAAAUUAACACAUACAUCUAUAAUCUUCAUUACUGUGAUCAUAAUUUCACUCCUGGUAUCCAAAACAUAUGGGGAUGCCAGAGCAGAAAUCAUUAACAUGCAUUGUGACGAUGAGUUAGCAGCCGAUCCAUCCAUAAUCGCCCAAAACUUUAUCCGUUUAAUGGAGAUAACUGGCACCGAUAUGCAAAGUUCUCAUAACUCAACAACAUCCGAGGGUAUCGAACCAAAUAAACUCAAUGGACUUGCCCAAUGCUAUGGUGAUCUCUCUACACAAGAUUGCAUCUUAUGCUAUGCUCAAAUACGUACUGUGUUUCCCUCGUGUUUUCCCAGAAAUGGGGGCCGUAUAUAUCUUGACGGGUGCUUUAUGCGAAUCCAAAACUAUAGCUUUUAUGACCAGUAUACCGGCCCAAAUGACACUACUAUUUGCGGGAAUACAACAAGGAAGAGUAAUUUGUUUCAACAGUUAACAAGGCAGGCGGUGGCCAAUGCUGUAACGGGUGCAUUAAGAAAUAGUGACUAUUUUGUUAGGGGACAAAUGUUGGCUUCAGGUAGUAAUCAUUCGGUUUAUGUGCUGGCGCAAUGUUGGAAGACUUUGAGUCCUAGUUCGUGUAGGGCGUGUUUGGAGAAUGCAUCGUUAUCGAUAUCAAAAUGUUUACCGUGGUCUGAGGGUCGUGUGUUGAACACAGGUUGUUUCAUGAGGUAUUCGGAUACCAAUUUUCUGAAUCCUCUACCGGUCUCAAGCAGCUCCAGCAAUAAAGGGAGGACAGUAGCUAUUAUAUCUUCUGUUGUUAUUUCUGUGGUGGUGUUAACAGUUGCUUUGAUGAUCAUUAUAUAUAUCAAGAACCGCAGAUAUAUAACACGAAAGAGAAGAGGUUCUUAUGAUGCCGAGAAAUUGGCAAAGAUUCUUAAUGACAGCAGCUUGAACUUCAAAUACUCCACCGUUGAAAAAGCGACAGGAUAUUGGAAUGAGUCCAAUAAGCUAGGACAAGGAGGAUUUGGGACUGUCUACAAGGGUGUUCUUCCAGAUGGAAGAGAGAUUGCGGUAAAGAGACUUUAUUUCAACAACAAAUUCAGAGCAGCAGAUUUUUAUAACGAAGUUAACAUGAUUAGCAGUGUUGAACAUAAAAACCUGGUUAGGUUGUUAGGAUGCAGUUGUUCAGGACCUGAAAGCAUUCUUGUAUAUGAAUAUCUACCCAACAUGAGCCUCGAUCGCUUCAUUUUUAAUGAAAUAAAAGGCAGGGAAAUAGGCUGGGAGAAGAGGUUUCAGAUUAUAAUUGGUAUAGCAGAAGGCCUGGUUUACCUUCAUGAAAAUCCCAAAAUCCGCAUUAUCCACAGGGAUAUUAAAGCUUCUAAUAUCUUAUUAGACUUUCGGCUUCGUCCCAAAAUAGCUGACUUUGGGUUGGCCAGAUCCUUUCAAGAUGAUAAAAGCCACAUCAGCACAGCCAUUGCUGGAACACUUGGGUAUAUGGCUCCGGAGUACAUAGCCCAUGGUCAGUUAACAGAAAAGGUGGAUGUCUAUAGCUUUGGUGUUCUAAUUCUUGAGGUGGUCACUGGCAUGGAAAACAGCAAAAGCAACAUUACCGAAUAUACCGACAACUUACCGUCUACUGCAUGGAAACAUUUCAAGCAAGGUAGAGUGGAGGAAAUAUUUGACCCAAAUCUAAUGAUGCAUAUUCAUCCCAACAUUAGUUUUCAAAGAGACGCCAUAAAAGCGGUACAUGUGGGACUUCUUUGCACCCAAGAAGCAGCAUCCUUAAGACCAUCUAUGUCAGCGGCGCUAAAAAUGCUAGCAAAAAAUGAUGAACCGUUGCCCGCCCCCUCGAAGCCCCCUUUCAUAGACGAAAAAACCUUGGAACUUAACAGUAUCACACAAAAUUUACCAGAUUAUUACGACCGUGAUGAUUGUAGUUCGGUUGCUACACUUUCUCACAGCCAUUUCUACCCAAGGUAACACUAGUUAGUUAUUAUAAGACCUCAAAUUUUGAAAAUAUUUACAUUUUUGUUCAUAUGAAAUGUAUGUGCGAGUUUCUAAUUUGUAAAAAGGUACGUGUUAUUUGUACAUAAUAAGAUAAAAUGUUUAUUGA